AUGGAAGACAAGAGGGGCACCGUGGGCACCUUGCUGCAGUUCUUCGGGCCGACGUUUCUUCGGGUCCUCUUCUGGCUGGGCCAGUGCUGCGAAGGGCGCCUCACCCAGGGCCUGGCCCGCGCGGCGGAGCAGAAGGCGCGGGACGAGGACGCGCCGCCGCAGCAGGGGGUGGUCUUCGCCGGCUCGUCAAUGUUUACAUACUGGGUGACGCUCAAGGAGGACUUGGCGCCGUCGGAGGUGGCGUUGGUGAACCGCGGCUUCGGGGGCAGCCGCCUCUCCGACCUCUUGGCCUUCACGGAGGUCUUGGUGCUGCGCCACCGCCCGCGCCUGGUGGUGCUGUACUGCGGCGUCAAUGACUUGCACUUCGGGGCCGAGCCCGAGGUGGUAGUGGAGGGCACACGGAUGUUCCACCAGAAGCUGAAGGAGGCGUUGCCAGACACAAAGCUGCUGGUACUGCAAAUGAACCUGGCCCCGGCCCACUUCGCGGUGGGCUUGGUGCCGAAGAUCCGGCGUGCCAAGGCGCUCACUGCGCAGCUGUGCCAGGAGAUUGGCUGCGAGUGCCUGGACCUCUUUGCGCAGGACCCGCGCUUCGCCACGGACUUCUCCUUCUACGCCUGGGACACGCUGCAUCUCAGCGCCCGGGGCUACGCGCGCCUCGGGGAGCUGCUGAGGCCGGCGCUGCGCUUGGACAGCGGAGUGACUUUGGACACCUCCGGGGAGCCCUAUACGCAGCUUUUGGUCUACGCGGGGAACAAUGUGGGCCUCUCCAACUACUCCUCCGCAAUCCCACUGGAGGACGGGAGGACCACCUGUACGAGUGCAACCUACUGGCCUUGUGCUCGCUUCCAGGUGCUGAAGGAGGCCCCUCCUGUGGGCUGUGCGGCCGACUUCUGUACGGCUGAGGAGUGUUGUACGGUUGCGGGUCUUUGCUGGGACUUCUUCGCUGGCGCACAGAACGCCUCCGACAACGCCACGGACGUGGGCCCGGGUUGCGCAGAGGGCUUCGUGGCGCGUGCUGCGCCACCCGAGUUCUGCGCGGGGCCGAUCUGCAGCAGCACGGACUGCUGCCUGCGCAGGGCAGAGCCUGUGGUGGGGGUCCAGCUGUCGGCAGGGACCUACAACUCCGCCCAGGUGCUGUGGGAUGUGCCCCAGUUCCACGACUGCGUUUUCGCGGAAUACCAGGUCCAGGUGCAGAGUGAGAACACCUCCUGGCAGGCCAUUGAGCUGUCGGAGCUGGAGGUGGAGGUGGAGUGGAGCCCAUACCUGCUGCAGCCGGACCUUCCUGAAGAGGGCGCGCCAAAAGAGGCGUCCAUCCCUGAGAGGCUCCGGCAAGACGGGGAGAAGUUGGGCCUGAAAUUUGGGGAGGCUGCCCGAGUGCCGAACACCGUGAAGGCACACUGCCUGCUGCUUCAUGCACUGGAGUCUCAGGGGAGGAGGGCGCAGAACCGAGUGGCGGAGGUGCUCUUCAGGCAAUACCAUUGCGAGGGCAAGUGCCCAGAGGAGGCCGGCCUCGGCGAGGCGCGGGAGGUUUUGAUGGACCGCCGCUACGAGCAGCGGGUGCGGGAGGAGGCGGCGGCCGCGGCGCGCCGGAUCCCCUCGGUGCCCCUCUGCGUCUUCGAAAGCGGCCAACAGUUGGCCGGGGCGCAGGAGGUGGAGACGUUUCUGGAGGCCCUGAAAGGAGGCAGCCAGUCCUCUGAGGCGCCGGUCUGA